ACUUUGGGAAGUUGAAGCGAGAGAGGUAGAGCAAGUUUAAGUCCAAAAUUAGUACUGGAGUGUGGUAUCAGCAUAAAAAGGGUCAGGUCUUCGGGUCGGACCUACCAUGGCGCUCUCACAACCCCCGAAAUGGACGACCGUUACAUCAGCCCUGCCGCCAUGGCUGCGAGCUCGGAGCUUCAGAUCAGAAGCGGCAUUGGAGGCCAUAGCCAAAACUUCCCAAGACAAGGUCCCUAGUUUAGUCCUCUACAACUAUCCCUCCUUUUCUGGCGCUUUCUCGGCUCUCUUCGCCCACCUCUUUCACUCCCGUCUCAACCUCCCUUGUCUCGUAUUGCCUUUUUCUUCGGUCGAACCUCUCAGGGUUGAGGAUUUAUGCACUGAAGGCCUUAAGAGAUUGUAUCUUCUCGACUUUUUCGGUCCCAAAGGAUUUUCCAAAGAGCUUUCUCGGCGAGCUUCGUUCAAAGUGAUUGGAUUCGAUCAUCGAAAAUCAGUUCUUCCUUUUGUACCUUCUGAGGAAGAUUGUCCCACAAAUCUCACAUUUCAUCUGAAUGUUGAGAAGAGCAGCUCUAUUGCUGUGUAUGAAUUCUUCUCUGCUAAACGUGCUGAGACCAAACAUUCUGAUGGAAUGAUUGCAACAUUAUUAGAAUCAAAGGACCAAGGUCGUGUAGAAAUGACACUCAAGCACAUUGAAGAUACUGAUUUACGUAGAUGGAGCUUAGCAGAUUCGAAGGCGUUCAAUAUUGGACUUGACAAAUGGCGGUCAAAGUUGAAUUGCUUAACCAAUCCAUACAUGUAUGAACAGUUGAUGGAGAUUAAUUCUGCUGAAUUGAUUGCUAUGGGAAAUUCUUAUAUUUCUACUCGUGAAAGAGCGGCAGAGAAGUUGCUUGAUAAAGUUUUCAAAGUUAUGUUGGGCAGAGGAUUUUAUGGGGAAUGCCUGGGAGUUCGAGCAGAUACAAAUUCCGAUUUAGUUGAUGAAAUUGGCAAGAAACUUAGUGUAACAAGUGCUGCUGCAGGUCUCAGGUAAUUUAAUUGCAGAUUUUUUCUUUAGGCAUAUUUCUACC